UACAGAGUCGGGUUACAAAAUGUCAAACAAUUAUUUUUCGAAAACAAUUUUUUUUUUUAUUUGACAUUGAAUAUAUCUUUAACAAGUUAAGAUCAUACUUAUAUACAGUUUGCUACUGAUCGUUAUUGAUAUACUUGGUUAUUAUGGAGUUAACUAUUAAGGAACUGGAUUGUGACUCUGUACCUUUCAAAGAUCCAAAGGAAAUAGGGUCUUUUUCAAUCGAUAUCAACAGCGUUUACGAGAAUUCUCGAAAAAGUUUAAGAUAUUUUGUCAGUCCUCCAAACCCCGAAAAUGUUCGGUUCGAUCUCCGACAAGGAUUUGAUACAAGAAUUAUAAGGGAUACAGGAAAUGAUUUUCAUGUUUUGCGCUGGAUAAUUGACAAUCAGGAUAAGUUUCCAAUAAAUCAAGAUGAAGGAAACGGACGGCAAUGUACAGGAGAAUCUGGACAAGCAAGAUCAAUGGAGGCUACAACACAGCAGGGAAGAAAGCACGUUGAUGACAAGGGAAUCUCUGGUAAAGAACUUGGUGAUUUAGAGACUGAGUUAAGUGGACUGAUGAUCAAUAAACAUGAAACAACAACGGAUAUAUGUGAGCGCGCAAAACCGCGAAAGCUUGGUGUUGAUUUUGUGUGUCGACGUGGAUUGCUGACUAAAGUAAUGCUAUCACCGUAUGGAGACAAAGAGGGCUGGUUCAUUGCUGUUGUUUAUUACAACGGGACCUACUACCUUAAUGAGAUUUUUCCAAAAGAAAGAUUCAAAUUUGAAAAUGAUGAAAUGAGUUGUUGGGGAUGGAAAUUUGAACAAUAUCUUACAGCAGAUACCAAGGAUGGACAGCCGAAUACUGACGUACCUUACACCAACUGUGAAAAACUUUAUACGGUUGUUAAAACAGAACUUAACAAGCAUUCUUUAGUUUAUUCAGGUGAGAUAGACGCACUUAAUGUUGAUGAUGUCAAUGGUGACUACUACAUGGAGUUCAAAACAAAUAAGGAAUUUUCUCAUCCAGGAAAUAUCAAAACGUUCAAAAGGUUCAAGACAAAGAAGUGGUGGGCACAAAGUCACCUUAUUGGAAUAAAGACUAUCGUCUGUGGAUUUAGAGAUGAAAGUGGUGUUGUUAAACGGUUGGACUUCUAUGAUACAAACUCGUUGCCAGAUUUGGCAAAAAAGGAUGUGUAUAAUCCAUGGAAACCAAACGUGUGUACAAAUUUCCUGGAUAAAUUUCUCACAUUUAUCAAAGACUCCAUUAGGAUCGACGACCCCAAAAUAGUGCAUACACUGAGGUGGUCACCAAGAGGACGAAUUGAAUGCAGUCCACCACUAAGGAAUUCUGAAUACAAUUUUCUGCCACAGUGGUACAUUGAUGGUUCUGCUUAAUUGCAAUUACAUUAUGAACAAUUCCUCCCGAAAAUAAUGUCGAUUAAUUGUCGUCAUUUUACAUGUGUAUUUUGUUUGCUUUUGUUUCUGAUUUUUGUUGUUUUUUUCUCUCUUCUUGAAAUAUUGUUAGAGGUUAUUUUUUAUGCAUUGCUGAAUUCAACGUUGAAUCCUGUGGACGGACGAGUGUAUGGCUGUAAACGCAGACGCGGUAGCUAUCCAAUCAUAAAUACUGGACGAUUACAUGGUGUCAACGCUAAAAGAUCAUUAAUUUUGUUACAAUUAGGUGUGAAACAAGGGUUUACAGUGUAACCUCUCAAAACCGAGCGUCUGUGGGCCUAGCCAAAAUAUUCGGAAUUUCGAAGAAUCCGGAAUACUGAAGUUCAGAAUUAUUUGAACAGACAGAAACAUUUAACAUUCGUUGUUUAAGAAAGAAAUGAUGAAAAAAUAUGUGAAGCUGAUUAAAUUCAUCAAAUGAAAUAAUUACAGGACUUUUAAAAUAGUUCAUAGUUGCUUUUAUUUCUAACUAUAACUUGAUUUGUUGAUACAAUAGCAUAAUGUUAACUAUCAAAAUUUAUCCUUAAUUAUAUAACAUGUAGAUCUAGCACCUGCUAUUAACCUGUAAUCUUUGUUUUUCAUCACAAUUUUCUUCUCAGUUUCUAGGUGUCAAGAUAUAAUUAGGGAUAAUUGGUAAAUACUGACAUUUUGAAGGUUUUACAUUCUCAGGUGCAACAUAAUGCCUUCAAACCCUUUCCAAUUUUCGGAUUUUGGAUGUAAAUUUGAAUUCAUGCUAUCCAUUUUUUUCCAGAAAAUAGUUCGGAAUCAGAAUUUAGAAAUUCCGUAAUUAUACAGAAAACUUAUGGAGAAAUUUGGGACCCUGAAAAAUGUUCGGAUUUCAUAAGUUUCCGGAAUCCAGAAAUUCUGGAAUUUGGAAGUUAAACUGUAUAUGUUUCAAUGACAAAAAGUAAAAUAUUGACAUUUACAAAAUGUAUCUAUUAUUAUAAUAGUGCUUCUGUGAUUCUUUUUUCCUGAAAAGUAACGGUAAAAUGCAAAUACAUAUUUAUAAAACAUAAACUUCGAAUGUUGGUGUGAUUUGAAUUGGUCGACUAUAAUUAAAAUUGUUAUACAUGUAAUCUGUCCAGCUAUGGAUAUGCAAAGUACGUUAUAAAACAAGGUGUUUUAUUGGGACUUUUUUAUUUAACAAUAGAAUGGUUAGUUUGACAUAAAAUUGACUAAAAUGUUCAUAUCUA